UCAUUGGUCGAAAUAUGUGUGUGCCUUCUUUGUGAGAAAGAAAAGGUACCUGACCGGAGGGUGGGGCCUUCUUUCUUUUCUGUAACAACAACAAAAAAAAAGAAUAAGAAGAAGAGUCUGGAUCAUGUGUUGCUGAGCAGCGGGGUCCAGCCGGCGGGAGUGAAAGAAAAAAAAGGCAAAAAGAAGGGAGGGCAGGUCGCUCAGGCUCAGGCAUGGCAGUGUACCUUCUCCCUUCCUGGCUUGCCACUGCUCCUCCUCCUCCUCCUCCUCUCCUCAUGGAUUCCCCUUCCACCACCGCCUCCGACGACGAAGACCACCACCACCACCACCAAGGCUCAGAUGGCGGCAAGAAGAAGCACGUCAUGUUCCUGGUCUCUCACAUGGAGGCCGGAUGCAUCAUCGGGAAGGCUGGAUCCAUCGUCAAGUCCAUGGAAUCCCAAUCGGGGGCUCGGAUCAACAUCUCACGUCAUGACCAGCUCUUUCCUGGAACGACCAGCAGAGUCGUCCUUGUCUCUGGCCUCUUCAAUCAACUCAUGGAUGCCAUGGAGCUCAUUCUCGAAAGGCUUGUCUAUCAGGGUGACCAAGUCAUUGACUCAAAAGCUACAAUUGCACUUGUGGUUCCUAGCGUCUGUUGUGGUGCGCUGAUUGGCAAAGGAGGAGCAACACUCAAGGCAAUAACUCAAAAGGCAAGUGCUGGAAUUAAGAUUUCACCCCAGGACAACUCUUAUGGUUUGCAUGAUAGACUGGUUACAAUCACAGGAUCCUUGGACAAUCAGCUUCGUGCAAUAUUUUUGAUACUAUCCAAGUUGCUGGAGGACGUUCUCUACUCAAUUCCAAUUGCACGCAUUGUUUUUUCACGUUAUCCUGCUUCACCUGUUGAGUAUGAGAAUGUUGGGUCGGAUGAACAUGUUGGAAGAUACCAAAACAAGCCAAAUACACCCGUGAGGUCACCUGAUAAGAAUGAUGGCCAAGAGUAUCUCACUAUUGCUAUUGCUGAUGAGCAUAUAGGCGCUGUUAUUGGUCGUGCUGGGAGGAGCAUAAACGAGAUCACUCAGGUUAGCGGUGCAUGUAUCAGGAUUUCAGCCAAGGGUGAUUUCAUAGCGGAUACUUGUGACAGGGAAGUGGUGAUCAGUGGGACCCCAGAAGCGAUUCAGGCUGCAGAGGCAAUGAUCAUGCACAGGGUUUCAGCCGCCGGUCGCCUGAGUGGAUAGGCAAACAAGUUUGAUGAACAAGAGGUCUCAAGUGGAGUGCAGCAUUAAUAUACUCGUCUCUCUAGACAAGACAAAGUUUUACCCCUCCCUUAAGUUGCUGUGAUUAAUUAGGACGGUAAUUAGCACAUGCACGACGGAGCACUCACUCGUCGCUAGUUUUUUGUUGGGUCAAAUGUUGCGUUUGUUUGACCAAUUGUUUCCAUUUGUACUACUGUAGUAUCUUAUAUGUUUGCCGGGAGGAAAGAAGGAUGAUUUAGGAUUGAACCCAAAA